UGGGACAUGAAUGCGUUAGUUCUCCUUAAACGUAGAAGAAGUUUUCUGCCCUUGACAACAAUGGCGACUGCAACAAAAAUUAUCCAGAGGCUCAGAAAUAUUUUAUCGGGGCAUAAUCUCCAAGCAAAGCUCCAAUUGCGUUACGGUGAGAUUUCUAAAAGGACCCAACCUCCCCCCAAACUUCCUGUUGGUCCCAGCCACAAGUUUGCCUUCAAUUACUAUAAUAGCAGAGAUGGUCGUAGAGAAUCUGCACCGCCCACAAUUGUGAUGUCCAGUCAGAAGGCCUUGACUGCUGGCCAAGCUGUGGAGGGCCAAGCAAAGCAUCCAGUAAGACCUGGAAAUGUUCCCAAGGACCUCAAACUGUCCACAGACCAGCCAUACCUCUGAACAACUACAAAUUAUAUAUCCUGACUUCAGACAGUAGAGCAUAAUGUUGUGAUCCCUGUUGUUCAAAUCCUGUAAAAUAUUGAAGAGUUAAUAAAUUAUGUAAUGUUUAAAAACC